CGUUCAUCAGUGUCUGGACAAAGCUACUCUUGCUUUUGGCAAUUAAAGAUGAUGUCACGGAAGCAGUUGAUCCUGCUUUCAUUCAUUGGCUGCCUAGGAGGUAACAAUGAGCUGUCUUUUCUAAGUGAAGAUGAACUUCUUUUCCAAGGCCCUGUGUUUAUGAAAGAGCCCAGCAACAGCAUUUUCCCUGUUGGUUCAGAAGAUAAAAAAAUAACUUUAAAUUGUGAAGCAAGAGGCAACCCUUCACCUCAUUACAGAUGGCAGCUGAAUGGAAGUGACAUUGAUCUCAGUUUGGAUUACCGCUAUGAGCUGAACGGAGGAGAUCUUGUGGUGGUUAACCCCAACAGAAGUCAGGAUAUAGGAAGCUACCAAUGUUUUGCAACAAAUCCACUUGGAACAGUUGUCAGCAGGGAAGCUAAACUCCAGUUUGCCUUUCUCCAGAAUUUUAAGACUCAAACGAGAAGCACAGUAUCGGUGCGCGAAGGCCAGGGGGUGGUUCUGCUCUGCGGUCCCCCGCCUCACUCUGGAGAGCUAUCUUAUGCUUGGAUCUUCAAUGAAUACCCAUCGUUUGUUGAAGAAGAUAGUCGGCGAUUUGUUUCUCAGGAGACAGGGCACCUCUACAUAGCCAAAGUGGAGCCAUCUGAUGUGGGAAAUUACACCUGUGUGGUCACCAAUACACUGACCAGUGCCAGAGUGCUAGGUUCACCAACACCUUUGGUGCUACGUUCUGAUGCGGCUGCUCCAGAUUUUUCAAAGAAUCCAAUGAAAAAAUUGGUUCAAGUGCAAGUGGGCAGUCUGGUCAUCUUGGAGUGUAAACCCAGAUCCGCCCCCAGGGCGCUCUCUUUCUGGAUGAAAGGAAAAUGGAUGGUCCAGGAGAAUGAAAGAAUCUCUUUUUUAAGUGAUGGAGGACUACAAAUAGCCAAUGUAACUAAAGCCGACAUUGGAACUUACACCUGCAUAGCAGAAAACCAGUUUGGAAAAGCAAAUGGGGCAACACAUUUAGUUGUGACAGAACCAACAAGAAUAACAUUCGCACCAUUGAACAUGGACGUCUCAGUUGGCGAGAGUGUCAUUUUGCCUUGCCAGGUGCAACAUGACCCCCUGUUAGACAUUAUAUUCACCUGGUAUUUUAAUGGGGUCCUCACAGAUUUUAAGAAAGACGGAUCUCACUUUGAGAAAAUCGGCGGGAGUUCAUCUGGUGAUUUAAUGAUCAGAAACAUUCAACUGAAGCACAGUGGGAAAUACGUUUGUAUGGUACAAACGGAGGUGGAUAGCGUUUCAUCUGCCACAGACCUCAUCGUAAGAGGUUCACCUGGACCACCAGAAAAUGUGAAGGUAGUUGAAAUGACAGAUACCACAGCCCAACUCUCUUGGAAAGAAGGUACAGACAACCACAGUCCAGUCAUCUCCUAUUCCAUCCAGGCUAGAACACCCUUCUCCGUGGGUUGGCAAACGUUCGCAACAGUGCCUGAGGUCAUCGAUGGAAAAACUUACACAGCCACUGUUGUGGAAUUAAACCCAUGGGUGGAAUAUGAAUUUCGGGUUGUAGCCAGCAACAAAAUUGGAGGUGGAGAACCCAGUUUACCCUCAGAAAAAGUAAGAACUGAAGAGUCAGUUCCAGAAGUGCCACCUUCAGAAGUCAGUGGAGGAGGUGGAAGCAGAUCUGAACUCGUGAUUACCUGGGAUCCAGUCCCUGAAGAACUUCAGAAUGGUGCGGGCUUUGGGUAUGUUGUUGCUUUCCGCCCCUAUGGGGUGACCAACUGGAUCCAGACAGUGGUGACCUCCCCUGAUAUCUCCAGAUACGUCUUUCGGAAUGAAAGCAUCCUGCCGUUUUCACGCUAUGAAGUUAAAGUGGGCGUUUAUAAUAACAAAGGAGAAGGACCAUUUAGCCCGGUGGCAGCCGUGUUCUCUGCAGAGGAAGAGCCUACGAUAGCUCCAUCUCAAGUUUCUGCAAAUAGCUUAUCUUCCUCAGAGAUUGAAGUUUCAUGGAGCACCAUUCCUUGGAAGUUGAGUAAUGGGCAUUUACUUGGCUAUGAGGUGCGGUACUGGCAUACCAAUGGAGAGCAGGAAGAGUCGUCGAGCAACGUGAAAGUGUCAGGAAAUGAGACAUCCGCCAGACUCCACGGCCUGCAGAGCAACCUGGCCUAUUACACCGCUGUCCGGGCUUACAACAGUGCUGGCAUGGGUCCCUUUAGUGCCACGGUGAACGCAACAACCAAGAAAACCCCUCCCAGUCAGCCACCGGGAAACGUUGUCUGGAAUGCGACGGAAACGAAAGUGUUGCUCCGCUGGGAGCACGUUCAAGCAAUGGAGAACGAAUCCGCAGUCACGGGGUAUAAAGUUUUCUAUAGGACUAGCAGUCAACCUGAUGUCCAAGUAUUGAACACGAAUAAAACUUCGGCUGAACUUUUGCUGCCCAUUAAAGAGGACUACAUUAUUGAAGUGAAGGCCACGACAGAAGGCGGGGAUGGGACCAGUAGUGAACAGAUCAGGAUUCCAAGAAUAACCAGUAUGGAUGCAAGAGGAUCGACUUCGGCCAUCUUGAAUGCCCAACCUCUGUCAAGCUCUCUACUCAUAGUUUUGUUUAUUGUAAAUGCCCUGUGGUGAUAGUCCUAGUUUUUAUUUCCUGGAAAAUUAAUUGAAUACAAAAAAAAGUGCUUUCAUGAAAUGCAGUAAUUAUGCAUGUUUUUUUAUGUCUGUAUUUUUAAAUUUCUACAUCGUUAUGGGUAAAAUAUAAAUACAAUUAUGAAAAAAACAGUAAAUCCUUUUAGGUGAAUCUGAAAUGCCUUAAUCUUUACCCGAUGAACCAAAGGAAUUUACAUAUUACAUACUUCAGACUUUUUAUAUCAAUGUUCUUAAACUUUGAGUUUAAGCACUGCCUACAGAUAGACACCACUACUCCAACCCCCAAUUUAUAUAAACAUACGGGUUUUGCUUUUUGUUUUUCAUUUGGGGUGGGGGAGGGGAAACCUUACAAUGAUAAGCCAAAUAUUAUUUUCUUAUAACAACAUUUUUAGAAAGACUUAAUCAGGAUUCUUUCAAAAUGAUCAUUUUCAUUUCCAAAGGUAGAAAAUACAUUGUCAUUGGAAAAAAUGGCAUGUGAUACCAGAGUGUCCUGUGAAAAGUCCAGAGGUGCCUCAGAAGAGAGACCUGGAGAGUGAAAUGGUUCCGAAAAGUCACAACCUUAAAAACACUAUGGGGCAUCUACUUGCACCCAUGGAGUCUCUGAGUCAGAAUCCAAUUGCCGGGGACUAACCACGGAGCUUAAAGGGGUCUUUUUCAGUGUAGAAGACCACCAAAGAGCGGUGAGCCUCUUCACAUACCAUUUUAUGCUCUACUUGUCUCAAUUACUCAACUAUAAAACAUGGAGAUAAUUGUACCCACUGUGUCUGCUGCUAAGAGGAGCCCUGGUGGCACUGUGGGUUAAAUGUUGGGCUGCAAACCUCAAGGUUAGCUGUUCAAAUCCACCAGUGUCUCUGAGGGAGAAUAAUGAGACUGAAAGAUCCCCUGAAGAUUUUCAAUCUCAAGAAUGCUGUAGGGCAGUUCUAUCCUGUCCUAUGGGAUCACUAUGAGAUUAAAUUGAUUACAUGGCAAUGGAUAUGAUUUUUAGUUUCAUCUGCCUCCGCCCAUGAGUUCUGAUAACAGAUCAAGAAGGAAAUGUUGGCAUGAAUUCAUUUAACCAUAUAAAGCCGUGGCAACCAACCAUGUAUUUAAAAUCUAUUUUGCACAUUCAUCCAAUGAUAUUAUAAGAUGUAAAUGUCCACAUUUUAUCCUUUCCUACAAAUUACAGAGAAAUUUAACUAAUAAUUUUUCUUCCCUCCCCCACCCCAAACACCUAUGAAUAAGCCUUCAGGUUUUAUUAAAGUAUGGUGGUAUAAAUAAAAGAGGACCUUAAUCUAAACCGAAGUAUUAUACAAAAUUCACACUAGUCUUCAUUUCCCAUUUCUGAUUCCAUUAAGGGACCGUCUUCUUUUUGGAUGUCAGGGAUGAUAUUUUUAGUGAAAUCCAACUCUCGAUCUGAGUGAGUCUGGCAGGCUUUUGAGUUCCUGAGUUAAAUUUGUAAUAGAACCAUGGCAGUGUUGCUGACUCUGGUAUGUAUGAUUCAGUCUUUCAAUAUGUGGUUUUCAUAUGAUUGUUGGAGACGUGACUUCAUAGCAAUAGGUAAAGAAUAUAUGAAAUCCGGCAGAUUGAGUAUUAGACACUGAAAAAUUAAUUUUUACCUCUUUCCUACCACUUUCACAUUUUUCAGGAACAUGUAUAUUUCCAAAGUUAUCAGAAUUUGAAAGCAACAAUUACGACAUCAAGGUUUACAUUGGUAAAAUUCUGAUAUCACCAUAAACCAUGUCUUCAUUUAGAGAUUACUCUUAAGGUAAAGUCAUUGUGUACAAAGGGGAAAGAUGUUUAUAACUUUCUCUUCAAGGUUUGUAUAUAUUGUAUAUAUCUAGGAAAAAAAUUCGCAAUGUUUAGUAGAUUUCAUAUGGCCAUUGUUAUUUGCAUUUAAAAAACUGGAAAAAAGCUUUCUCUAAUAACUUUUAUUUUAUGCUAUAUGUAAUAUACCUUUUUAUUUAGUAAUUCCUAUAAUCUGUUCCUAUAUCGUUCUUUUAUGAAGAUGAUUAUUCUGUUGUUUCAUGUCAUUCACAGCAAUAUAUCUCCAUGAGAUAAUACUUUGUUUCAUAUUGAAAAGUAUGAAUUUUACCUUUAAACUCCUGUGUGUGUAUCCUAUGGU